AUGAGGGUUGAAGAAUUGAUUAUAGAUGGAUUCAAGUCGUACGCGACAAGAACGGUCAUCUCUGACUGGGAUCCACAAUUUAAUGCCAUCACGGGCUUAAACGGGUCUGGUAAGUCGAAUAUCUUAGAUUCAAUUUGUUUUGUACUUGGGAUCUCAUCAAUGGCUACCGUCAGAGCUCAGAAUUUACAAGAUUUGAUUUAUAAAAGGGGACAAGCAGGGGUCAUAAAGGCUAGUGUAACCAUUGUUUUUGAUAAUUCUGAUAUUAAAAGUUCACCAAUUGGAUUUGAACGUUAUCCAAAGAUAUCUGUCACGAGACAGAUUGCCCUUGGUGGUACAAGUAAAUACCUGAUCAAUGGGCACAGAGCUCAGCAGCAGACAGUGCUGCAUUUAUUUCAGUCAGUUCAAUUGAAUAUUAAUAACCCUAAUUUUUUAAUCAUGCAGGGUCAAAUCACCAAAGUGCUAAACAUGAAACCAACUGAGAUCCUGUCCUUAAUUGAAGAAGCAGCAGGUACAAGAAUGUUUGAAGAUAGGAGAGAGAAAGCCGAAAAGACGAUGGCGAAGAAGGAAACGAAGUUGCAAGAGAUCAGAGCAUUAUUACAAGAAGAGAUUGAGCCAAAAUUAGACAAGUUUAGAAGCGAAAAGAGAGCCUUUUUAGAGUUCCAAGAGACUCAAACAGAUCUUGAGAUGACUUUGCGAAUUGUUAACACUCACGAUUAUCACAAUUUAGUUACUAAACAGAACUCCAUCCAGGAAACAGUACAGAAUAGUGAACAAAGGGUACAGGAAUUGGAAUCAUCAAUUAAAAAAUAUCAGAAUGAAUUAUCCAGUCUUAACGAGGACUUCACAGCAAUAAAAAAUCAGAAGGAAUGUGAGCUGCUUAAAGAUGGUUCUUUAACAAAGCUUGAAAAACUCGAAAACACAUUAUCCACAGAUCUUUCACGCUUUUCCACAGCCCUGGGUAUCGCAAAAGAUGAUUUAAAACAAGAGAAAAAGAGCCUUAUAGAUAUACAGUCAUCUCUGGAAUCUUCUGAGAAGGAUCUUUUUGUGAAAGCUAAAAACUUAAAAACUAUUGAACAGCAGUAUAAUGAGUUAAAUGACAGCAUUGAAAAGUUGAAAUCUCAGCACAAGGAUAAAGAGGAAUUACUUUCGACUUUAACAACAGGUAUUUCAUCCACUGGUGCUACUGACGGUGGUUACAAUUCACAGUUAGCGGCCGCUAAGGCCAAGUUAGGUGAGGCAGAAAUUUCUAUUAAAAAGGCUAAUAUGCGUAUCGCCAUGUUACAGAAGGAGUUGGCAAGUAGCGAACCGUUAUUACAGAGAGCAAAGAAAGAUAAUGAAGAGCAAAUAAUGCAGGUUAAACAAAGAGGCCAGGAAAUAGAAAAACUUAAGGUCUCUUUGAAUAAGUCAGGAUUUAAUCCAGAAUUGAUGAAAACGUUAAGGAGACGUGAAAAUGAAUUGAAGAAUAAUCUUCAGAAAUUAUCCAACGAUACUGAGUAUUUGAGAAGAAAGGUGGCGAAUCUGGAAUUCAAUUAUACUAGCCCGACGAAGGAUUUCAAUCCACAAUCUGUGAAAGGUGUUGCAGCUCAGGUAUUUACCUUGGGAAAGGACAAUUUUGAUAGUGCAAAUGCCCUUCAAGUAUGUGCUGGUGGUCGUUUAUUUAAUAUAAUAGUCGAUAAUGAGAAAACUGCCUCUCAAUUGUUGGAAAAGGGUAUGUUAAGGAAAAGAGUAACCAUUAUUCCUUUGAACAAAAUAUCCACCAGGGUAUUGAGCGAUGAAUCAUUAGCUUUAGCCAAAAAAAUAGCUCCAGGAAAGGUCGAACUUGCAUUAAACUUAAUUGGUUAUGAGGAGGAUGUAUCUAAAGCCAUGCAAUAUAUCUUUGGCGGUAGCUUGAUAUGUGCAGAUGCGGAAACUGCCAAGAAAAUUACCUUCCAUCCCCAAAUUAGAGCUAGAAGUAUAACACUAGAUGGUGAUAUAUAUGACCCAGAAGGCACUUUAUCUGGCGGGAGUAGCAAUAAUACCAAUUCUUUGUUGAAGGAUAUUCAGAAAUAUAAUGAAGCUUCUAGACGAAGUAAGUCUUUCGAAUCUGAGUUAAGCCUGAUACAGCAACAGAUUAUGGAGUGUGAAAGAGCAUCUCAACUUACGAAGUCCUUACAAAAUGAAUUAGAUCUGGCAGAACAUAAGUUCCAACUUUCUCAGAAGGCAUUAGUCUCUAAUCCGGCCGCUCAAAUUAUAAAGAAGAACGACGAAAUGCUUAAUGAAAUUGAAACUUGUAAAACUGAUAUUGAUCUACAAAAAAUUAGCACUGCAGAAUUGCAAGCAGAAGUAGUGCGUAUUCAAAAAGAUAUGCAAGAGUUCAAUACUGAUAAGGGAUCUAAACUAAAACAAUUAAAUAAGGAAGUUUCUACUUUAGCAAAACAGAUUAAAGAUAAGGAGGUAGUUACUGAGCAGAAAUAUGACUUAUAUCAAAAUUUACAAAUGGAGACUGAACAGCUUCAAACCGAUAUAUCUGCGAUGAAGCAGGAAAUUGUUGAAAAAAAAUCGCUGAUUAAGGUUCUUGAACAAAAGAUAAUCACAACUGACAGUGAAUUUUCUUGCAAACAAUCAGAACUGGAGAACGUUAAGGGAAACUUAAAUGAAGAAAGGAAUAGGCUUAUAGGAAUAGAUGAAGAGAUUAAAGAAUUAGAGACGUUACUCAAAGCUAAACACAAGAGCCUAUCUGCUAAUGAGCUUGAGUUGCAAAGACUUCAGCACGAACUCACCAAGUAUAGAAACAAGAACAGUAGCAUUGAAGAAAAAAUACGACAAAUGUUAGAUGAAACGCCGUGGUUAAGUGACAGUGGUUUGGUAUCAAGCAUAAUUAGUGAAGAUGAAGGUAUUGAUUUGAAUGAGUAUCGUCAAAGAGCUACAUGUCUACAGGAAAAGUUCCAAGGCAUGAAACGUAAAGUUAAUCCAAAUAUUAUGAGUAUGAUUGAAAGUGUCGAAAAGAAGGAAAGUGCUUUGAAGGCUAUGAUCAUAACUAUUGAAAAGGAUAAGACAAAGAUCAUGGAAACGAUUAAAAAAUUGAAUGAGUAUAAGUUAGAUGCACUUCUUAAAACUUGGGAGAAGGUGAAUGUCGAUUUUGGUAAUAUUUUUGCUGAGCUGCUACCGAAUUCCUUUGCUAAACUUACGCAUUUAGAGGACCGUGAUAUUACUGCGGGCCUUGAAGUAAAAGUCAAGCUAGGGAGUAUUUGGAAAGAAAGUUUGGUUGAAUUAUCCGGUGGUCAAAGAUCAUUGAUUGCCCUUUCAUUAAUUCUAGCCCUAUUGCAAUUCAAACCAGCUCCUAUGUAUAUUUUGGAUGAGGUUGACGCUGCUCUGGACUUAAAUCACACUCAAAAUAUUGGCCACUUAAUAAAAACGAGGUUCAAGGGCUCCCAGUUCAUUGUGGUAUCCUUAAAGGAAGGUAUGUUUAACAAUGCAAACAGGGUUUUUAAAACGAGAUUCCAAGACGGCACAUCUGCUGUUAGUGUUAUAUAA